ACGACCCUUGCAAUCAAAACAAACAACUCGUGUGGUUAGAAAAUUCAGGAAAAAUGGGAAUUUCCACGAAUAAAACAAUAAAACUCUUUAUUGGGAGUGAAAGUGAUCAUUUUCACGAACUCCACGUGAUUCCUCAUUCUCUGAAACACCGAGAUUGGCCAGAAGAAAAGACAAUCUGCCUUGCAAAUAUCCCACCAUACAUUACAGAUGAGAACCUCUGGAGGAUCUUUUCAAAGUUUGGGAAUAUUGCGGGUGUGGUCACUUUUACAAAUAUCAAGGAUUUCCAGGCUUUCAGCAAAUCUCCGGAAGAGCGAAAGGAAUCCCGGGAAUUCAAAUGGAAAACAGGCUAUAUUGCUUUCAAGCUUGCCGGAAGUGUUGCAAAAGUCCUCAAGGUGAAGAAAAUCACAGCUGAGGAUGUCUCCGUUGGUGUUGAACGAUGGAUUUCUGAGUACAAAGCCCAGUACCCCUGUGCAGAACGACUUCAGGAAGAAAUUACCAGCUUCAUGGAUAAAUUUGAUAAAGAAGAGCAAAAAGCUGAGAGAGAAGCGAAGAAACAGGCAGAGGAAGAUGACGAUGGAUGGACUACGGUGACGAGAAAAUCAACAAAGGAUGCUUUUAAGCUAACCGAGAAGGGAAUAAAGAGCGUCGAAGAGAAGCAGGAUGUGCGGAAGAGAAAGAAAGAGCUAAAGAAUUUCUACAGAUUCCAAGUUACGGAAUCGAAGAGGCAGAAAAUCCAGGAGAUGCGGAAGAAGUUUCAGGAAGACAAGGAGAAGGUGGAAAAAAUGAAGACAUCCCGACGUUUCAAACCCUUUUAGUGACCAAGAUCUGCUCCCACAAUAAACAUUCAAUCUUUUGUGAACAUGCAAAA